CUGCCCUGCCCGUGGGCCCUCCCCGCCGCAGCGGGCACCGGGCCCACACCGAGGUCUCUGGGAACGGGGGCAGCGGGGGUCACGCCCCUCCGCAGCGCGGUGCUGCUCGUCUCGCACAGCGCAGCCCCGGCCGAGGCCCGGAAAGCCCAGCUGGCUCCGCGCAGCGGGGAGACGGGAGCAGCCCGGCACCAGGGCGCUGCCCAGAGCCGCUGCCGGCCCGCCCGGCAGGGAGCGCAGCCGCCCCGCAGAGCGACAAGAUGGCGGCCGCUGCCUCAGGGCGGCGUUACCCCGCGCUUCCUGACGUCAGCAGGGCGCGCGGCGGCGCGUGCGCGCGGUGCCGGGCCGUGGCGGCCGGCGGGGCGGCAGCGCCAUGGGGCCGGCGGGGCCGGCGGGGCCGGCGGGGCGGCGGGCGGGCGGCGGGCGGGGCUUGGCGCGGGGCGGCGGGGCGGAGCGGCCGCACGGGUGCGAGCAGUGCGGGAAGGCCUUCGCGCAGGCCGGCGCCUUGGCCAAGCACCGGCGGGUGCACACCGGGGAGAAGCCGUACCGCUGCCCGGUGUGCGCCAAGGCCUUCGCGCUCUCCUCGGGGCUGGUGCUCCACAAGCGCACGCACACCGGGGAGCGGCCCCACGCCUGUGCGCUCUGCGGCAAGGCCUUCAUCUCCUCCUCGCACCUCGCCCUCCACCUGCGCUCCCACACGGGCGAGAGGCGGUACCAGUGCCCCGUCUGCGGCAAGCUUUUCCUCCAGUCCUCCCACCUGGUGCGCCACAAGGCCAUCCACAGCGGCGAGCGGCCUUUCAAGUGCGAGGACUGCGGCAAGCUCUUCGGGCGCGCCUCCCACCUGGCGACCCACCGCCGCGUGCACACGGGCGAGCGGCCGUUCAAGUGCGCACAGUGCGAGAAGGCCUUCACGCAGAAGGCCGGGCUGGUGCUCCACGUCCGCCUGCACACCGGCGAGCGGCCCUACCGGUGCGACAAGUGCGGGAAGAACUUCCGCUCCUCCGCCCACCUCGUCUCGCACCAGCUUCUGGAGUCAGGGGAGAGGAACUUCAAGUGCGCCGCCUGCGGGAAGGCCUUCAAGCAGGCGGCGUCCCUCAAGCAGCACCUGAAGACCCAUGAGGCGCGCGAGCCUCACUGCUGCUCGGUCUGUGGCCGAGCCUUUUCCAGGUCCUCUUACCUCCAGCUUCACAUGAGAACGCACAGCGGUGAGCGGCCGUACCACUGCUUGGUUUGCAACCGGACGUAUGCCAAAAUUUCAACCUUUGAAAAACAUUGUAAAAGGCACCAGCAGGAUGAAGAGCGGCCUGAUGUGAGGCCCAGCGCGAUGACCACCAGGGCAAAAGCCCUGGCCGAAAAGAAAAAGCAGGAGCAGAAACGGCAGCGCCGAGAUGACUGCCUCGAGCAACCUCAGCAGGCUGACCCAAAGCAGCAGCAGGUGGAAAAGCUGUAAAAUCAUUAAAACAAGAACCGUUCCUGGGCCCCUGCAACAUGGCUUGUGGGAGGUGGGAGCUUCUGGUUUAAUUUUUAACAAAAACAACAAUGACAUGCUGCACCAGCAUUACUCCAGAGCGUAUUUCCCAAUGAGAUUCUCUCUCUGCCGCAAGGCUCAAUGCAAACACUUCUCCAGGGCGCAGCAAGGUACUUAAAAGUCCGCUGAGGUCCCCCGCAGUCCGGGUGGCGUACAGAACGCUGCGCGGUUACAGGGGGUUUCCACCCUGUUUGCAGGCCCCAGUGGUUUUGUUUCAUGUCAGCAGUGUUUGCUAACGCAGACUUCUGGGGAUUCCUGACCAAAGCACCUGCUUUUACCCAGAUUGAAGGAGGGAUGAUGGUUCUUUGUAUGCAGAAAUAAAUUAAGUUGUAGUCUUUUAAGCGAAGGCAAAGGUUUUGGUUGAAGAGGCAAGAGAGUUGGUGCACCUACAGAAAACAGAUUUGUACCAACAGUGGGUUUAGGAAACAAGUAGGAAUUUAUCCUGCAAAACAGGAUUUGUUUUUAAAAACACUGUACAUAGCAAGAAAAUAGCAUCUUUGAGCCUUUUCUGUUUUUCUCACUGUUAGUUACAACGAGGCAUUGUACUUGGCAUCCAGAUACUGCUGUGUAUGAAGUAUGUUUAAAGCACGGCAGAUUUAUUGCCAAGGCAACUUAACUCAUCUUUCUCGAAACUAAUAAAGACAGGUGCCAAAAAUCUGUAACUCAUCUUGACUGAGUUUGACUUUUGAAAUCCCAGAUUGUAGUAAAGGUACAAGAAAUUUUUAUUUUAUUUUAAACCUGACUUUUGGGAAUGUAAAAUAUAGUGACAAGGGAAUUCUAAGCCUUGUCUCCUGAAUUAAACUGCUGUAGCUGAUUUGCUGGCUAGUCACCAUGCUGAGGGAAUAAGGCAAGAUGCCACGAAAGGGUUGCUGUCGAAGCGGAAUGUUUCAGAUUUAUUCUGGGGUACAAGAUCGGACUCCAGUGAGUACUAAGUAAUUUUGUAAGCAUUAACAAAAUGGCCUUUAUUACAGCAGUGUUCUUCAUGAGCCAGCACUUUGUACUGACUUUCGAUAAGCUUUAUGUCAUUGUAGCAACAGUACUAUGAGCUUCUUUACAUCCUUAUUUAUUGGUUAUUGUUACCCAGUAAUUUAUUAUGACAGAAAAAUGGAAGCAGUGAGUUCCGCUUUAAGUUCACAUUCCUGAUUUUCUGUACCAAGUCCCUGAUUAUUUUAAUGCUAUUUCCCUGCCAUUGUGUGAAAACACGUAUUACGCACUUUAAUGAUCUUUUUGGAUAGGCUUCUGGUUUGGGUUUCUAUAGCAUGUUCACAGCUUUGCUUUAAGGCCAAAAAAGGAAUUUUUCAAAAGCUUGCACAUUUAAAGUAUUGCAGUGUAUCAGGCCACAAAUCACGUUGGUAGAUGAUAGAUCUGGAUUACAUCUAAGAACUAAUUUAUAGCUAACAAAACUGCAUUAAAUAAUUCUUUAACUUUUUGUACUUCAGGAUUUCCUUGGCGCUGGGUAUACUGAGAUACAACUCUUCUUGUUGAACUGAUGGUUUUGUAUUCAGCUGAUUAAUAUACUUUAAAUAUUUAUGUGGUCAGAUAUUUCAAAUGAGAUCUAUCUAAACCAGUGUUUCUCAUCAUGACAAAUUCUAAUGUAAAUUUUUGCUACAGUCUUGAGAUUUUGGGUUGUGACCAGUCAUGUUGUUAGGAGGAACUAGACACGCUGGGUUUUAUUUCCAGUUCAGUUAUGCCAGUCCCACAUAGGCAGAGUUCUAUCUUGUUUUGUAUUUCAGUACAGGUUAUUAAAAUAAUACACACUGC